AUGGCCAGUCUCGCGCAGGCCCAUGAACCCCUUCCUGUGUCUGAUCUUCAGCGUUUUCUCUGUUGCCAUCGAGGUUCUACAGGGCACGUGAACCAAGUCUGGCCAAGGCUGUACCUGGGAGACGCGUUUACAGCCAGGGACAAAUCCGUGUUGCGUGAACUGGGGAUCACACACGUGUUAAACGCUGCCUCUGGGAGAUACCGCAUCAACACCGGACCCGAAUUCUACAGAGACCUCAAAAUCGACUACUACGGGGUGGAGGCAGACGAUGAUGCAAAUUUUGACCUGAGUGUCUAUUUCUACCCGGCGGCCCAGUUCAUAAGAUCUGGGCUGCAAUCUUAUAAAGGCCGGGUGCUGGUGCACUGUGCGAUGGGCAUCAGCCGAGCUGCCUCCCUGGUCCUGGCCUUCCUGAUGAUCUCUGAAGGCUUCUCCUUGGUGGACGCCCUACGAAGCGUCAGUGAGCAUCGUGACAUCUUUCCCAAUCAUGGCUUCCUGGAGCAGCUUCGUCAGCUUGAUAUGAAGCUUGAGGCCAAGAAAAGGUCUUGAAUGGAGCAGAUACAGAAGCUUUCCCUCAACCGAUGACAACCAUCACUAACACGUAAAAGUCACCAUCACCAAAACUAUUUGCCCCAUCCAUCAGGACACUCAGAAAAGUGCUUUAGCAAGUAGUUUAUUUUAUCUAGCAGGACGUGGCUUCAAUGCCCAUGGCUGGCACAGGUCUGGUGAAUGAGACCACUCAGGCAGGAGAGCAUUUCUAUGAACCUACUACCUUCCUCUGGUGGCCAAGGUUCUACACCCAGGUUGCAAUUUGGGGCGGCUGCCAUAUACACAUGUCCAGCGUUUGAUCAUGCGUUUGUCCAACACUGCGUAUGGUGAAUACCAGGGCUUUUGGUUAAAGAACUAUUCUAGUGCAAAGUGGUAAAAGUGGGCAACCACCAGAUCUCAUUGGCUGCCAAAGUGUCUGCACCACUCUUACAGCCCCGACUUUCAGCAACUGGGAACUAUUUACUAAGCUUCAGGUCACAUUAAUGAUUUUCUCCUAUUAAAAAUGAUACCAUAUGGA